GGGUUAUUUACAAUCAAGCUAAGAAUACAAGGUUUUGAUCACAAGAUCCGCGCUUUUACGAGCUUUCGAACAGAACCAAAAAGUCAAAAUGACCAAAUAUGGCAUAUACAAGGUUUCAAGCGAUCACUCACGGUAUACCCUUUGCGGUUAUGA